UCACACUAUAUACCUAUUUUCUGAAUAGAUAAUUCAUUGUGCGGUUGACAUAAAUGAACUAACGCUAAACUUGCUAGGUUCUGAAGACAAUGUUCGAGUUUUUGGUUUUGUGCAUUCUGAGUGCAAAAUAUGUGUUCUGUGCUAAUAUCCUAUACGUAUCGACGGUAAACUCACAGAGUCAUCAAAUAUGGAACCGAGUUCUCGCUUUGGGUUUAACCGAGAAAGGCCACAACGUCACAUUUAUGAACAUAGAAAAAGACGAGGAGCAAUUUGCAAACUGGACCCACAUUUACGUAGAAGGACCUUACAAAGUGCUACAAUCUAAAUUCAACUUGAGCGACUUAAUAGGAAGUAAGGGUAUUCAAACUGUUGUCUGGACGGUUGAUAUAGGCAUUGCAGUUUGUGAAGAGUCCCUUCAUUCUCAAGGACUCCAACAACUGUUAAAUUAUCCUCGGAAUUUCAAAUUCGAUUUAAUCAUUUUUGACAUUAUUUGGGGCUGCUGCUUCUGUCCGUUAAUCCACAGGUUCAACUACCCUCCAGCAAUUGCAACCACCCCUUGGCCUGUACCAUCUUUUCUAACCCACCCCUUUGGAACCCCUUUACAAUCUUCACAUAUCCCAUGGUACGAUCUUCCGUAUGGGGAAGAUAUGACUUUAAGAGAACGGUUUUGGAACCACAUUUUCACGUAUAGCGAAAUCGCACUUAAAUCUCGUAUUACCACUAAAUUACAAGAAAAACUUGUAAAAACUUUCGGUGACGACAUACCACCUUUGAAGAAGUUAGAGCGUCACAUUUCUCUACUGUUUUCUAACCACGAUGUUCUAUUGAAUUAUCCUCAAGCUUUGACUCCGAAUGUCAUUCCCGUUGGAGGUCUGCACAUUGCAAGUACCAAAAAAUUACCUAAAGAACUUCAAUUGGUUCUAGAUAGUGCUAAAAACGGCGUUAUCGUCUUCUCCUUAGGUACAAUUGUACGCUCCGACUUUUUAAACAAAAAGAUACAAAGAUCUUUAUUGGAUGCUUUCAGUGAGUUGUCAGAAAUCGUGAUUUGGAAAUUUGAAAGCGAAAUCGACGAUGUGCCGAAAAAUGUUAUCGUUAGACAGUGGUUACCUCAAAACGACAUUCUAGGUCAUCCCAACGUGAAAUUAUUCAUAGGACACGGUGGGGCUUUGAGCACUCAGGAGGCUGUGUACCAUGGAGUACCAAUGAUUUGUAUUCCUUUCUUCCUAGAUCAAAACGUUCACACGGCAAGGAUCGUUCGCGAAAAACUGGGGCUUUCUUUAGAUUACAAAGAAAUUACCACCGAAACUGUUUUAAUUCGAAUAAGAGAAGUAUUAAACAAUCCGGUUUACAAAGAAAAUAUGAAGAAUCUCUCUAAGCUAUACAAAGAUUGCAAAGAAUCUCCUUUAGAUCGAGCACUUUUCUGGGCGGAAUAUGCCAUCCGUCAUAAUGGGUGUCAGAUUUUGGAUAGCCGAUCUCGAGAUCUUCCUCAUUACCAGACGUUGAGCUUGGACGUUCUUGCUUUGUUUAUUGCUUUAGGUGUAGUUAUGUUUUUAUUAUUGUACAAGAUAGUGAAUCUCCUUCUGGGCAUUUUCUAACUUGCAAAAUACAGAUGAAUUAGAACA